AGCAAAAGGUAGCCUCCUCCUCCUAUAUUAGCAGGAGCAAGCCUCCAUUUGCAGCAGCAACAAGCAUACCCUUUCCCUCUCUCUUAUAUUGCAGCUUCCUCUCUCACAAUCCCUCCCCUCAAGCCUUGAGCCCAGAUGGUUCAUGAGAUGGCUUGUUUCUCCGGCCGUGCUCCACCGGCGGCGGCUCUGUCUCCGUUCCACGACGAACAUGAGCCGGCCGUCGUUUCGGAGGAGGUGUACCACGGCCAUGCAGAGGGCCUGGAGGAUGCUAGCUGCGGCCGCGGCCACGGCGCCGGUGGUGGGCUGGGGAAGCUGUGCACGAGAGGCCACUGGCGGCCCGCCGAGGACGCCAAGCUCAAGGAGCUCGUCGCGCAGCACGGGCCCCAGAACUGGAACCUCAUCGCCGAGAACCUCGACGGCCGAUCAGGGAAGAGCUGCCGGCUGCGGUGGUUCAACCAGCUGGACCCGCGGAUCAACCGGCGGGCCUUCUCCGAGGAGGAGGAGGAGCGCCUCCUGGCGGCGCACCGCGCCUACGGCAACAGGUGGGCGCUCAUCGCCCGCCUCUUCCCGGGGCGCACCGACAACGCCGUCAAGAACCACUGGCACGUCCUCGCCGCGCGCAAGCACCGCGAGCAGUCCGGCGCGAUCCGACGCCGCAAGCCCUCCUCCUCCUGCACCGCCACCACCUCCUCGUCGCACUUCGCGCCAACCCCCGCCGUCGUCGGCCACCGCCACGACCGCUCCCCUCCCGUGGCGUUCCACGCCGGCGGUGCGCACGCCCAGCACGGCGUCCGCACGGAGGCGGCGGCCGCGACCACCCGCGCGUGCAGCGGCGGCGAGUCCGAAGGGUCCGCGUCCACCUGCACCACCAACCUCUCCCUCGGCUCCGCCGGCGCGGCCGCCGCCCCCUGCUUCUACCAGAGUUCGAACGACGACGCCGCAGGCUACGACGUGGCCCCUCGCGCCGCCGCGUUCGCGCCCGGCGCGCGGUCCGCGUUCUCCGUUCCCUCGCCAGCGCGCCACCGGGCGGCGGCCUCCGACGAUGGCUGCGGCAAGCUCGCCCGGCCCUUCUACGACUUCCUCGGCGUCGGUGCGACAUGAUCAGAGUCCAAGCGGGUGGCGGCGUACAGGUGGUCCUGAGGGAUAGUAGCAAACAUCAAAUCCCCCCGUGGUCAGGAUGAAGCCUAUCUGAGAAUAGGAUGAUGUGGACAAAGGAAUCUUCCACCCAUUAGCUACCAACUUGUAGAAAGUGGUUUAUUAACUCUAGAAGUACUAGUUAGUUUUUCUCAUUUCACUAUAGGAGUAAGUGGGAAGCUUAGUUUUAAUUUCUCAUUUUACUAUUAGUUGGAAGCUUAUUUAUUACCCUCCACUUUAAAUGGAUUCCGAAAAAUUCUUUAAAAAGACAAAAAUAUUUGAUGGA